AUAAAUAGCUAGCCAAUUACAACAUUCCAUCAUACCAAAUCCAAUAAUAAGUAAUAUAUUCAUCAUAAUCCAAUAAUAAAAUGAAAAUUAUUCACAUACUUUUGCUUUUCACUCUUCUCUCAUUCACUAUAUCUCAUGCUUCCGUAAAUGAUUUUUGUGUAGCAGACUUGAAGGUUCCUGAUACCCCUUCAGGGUAUCACUGCAAACCCCUUGCAAACAUUACAUCGGACGAUUUCGUCUUCCACGGCUUUGUAGCCGGAGACACCAAAAACUCUUUCAACGCUGCACUUACCUCUGCAUUUGUCACCGAUUUUCCAGGUCUUAACGGACUUGGAAUAUCUGCGGCGCGAUUAGACAUAGCCGAAGGAGGAUCAAUUCCAAUGCAUACUCAUCCUGGGGCUACCGAAUUAUUAAUAAUAGUUCAAGGUGAAAUAACUGCUGGAUUUUUGACACCUACCGCGGUUUAUUCUAAGACGUUGAAACCGGGUGAUAUUAUGGUUUUUCCACAAGGGAUGUUGCAUUUUCAAGUUAAUACUGGUAAGGGACAAGCUACUGGAUUUCUUGCUUUUAGUAGUGCAAAUCCUGGUGCUCAAUUACUUGAUCUUCUUUUGUUUUCCAAUAAUUUGCCUUCUGAAUUAGUGGCACAAACUACUUUCCUUGAUCUCGCACAAGUGAAGAAGCUAAAGGCUCGUUUUGGUGGAAGAGGGUAGGAGUGUUAGGUUAAUAUUAAUGCUUAUGAUAUUAAUCUACUCCUUGAUCCUUGCUUAAGAUCAUACAAAUCUACUCUCCUUGUAAUGUUUGUUCCAAUAUAAUAAAAUGAAUUAUGUGUGUGUACAUUUUGUAAUGUUUGUUCCAAUAAUAAAAUGAAUUAUUUGUGUGUGUGUGUGUUUUAUUUUA